UUCAAAGAGAAUCACAACACAACACAUUCACAUUUCAGCAAUUCAUACCAAGAAAUGCCUGGUCUCUUCUACUGUGCUUGAGCCCUCUGUUACAUGAGGUUUGCGUGAUCCUCAACAAGAGUGAGAGAAUUUUGAGCACGCAAAUGCCGCAUGGUAAUUCGAAUACCGAUACCGUGUGACAAGAGCUAAGAGCGUUGCAACGGUCACACCUUUCAACGCCAACCAGUCCAAGCUGCAGCGUCUCUAGCGUGUCUGGAUCUCAAAAAUAUCGCCUACUCAGCAGUUCGCCGCCUACAGAUUGACGGUGUGCAGCGAUUGGGCCACCGUUGUCCCUCGGCCUCGGCCCAACCCCAGACUUUCGGGAAAGGAAAGCUCCCCGCAUAAGCAGCCCUCACUUUGACCUUUGGGCUGAUCUGAGUACUUUCUUCUGUCUUUCUUCAUGUUCUUCUGAUCGAGUUGCAAUUCUUCUUCACUGCUUCUACUAUUUACACAGGGACAAUGACAUCAUCCGCAAAGAGAAGGCUUGCCGCUCUCAGCGAGCAGCUUGUGAAUCCAAUCGCAGACCAGGGCAAAUUCGAAGACAUCCCAGUACUCAAGAGGAUUGCUCCAGCCUCCAAUGGACCCCGAGUCAAAGACAAAGUUGUCAUUGUGACAGGCACCAAUAGUCCACUCGGGAUUGGCAGAGCGUCAGCACAUCAGUUCGCGCAGAAUGGCGCAAGAGCCGUAUACAUCUGCGACUUCAAUGACUCCAAUCUCGUGACCCAUAAGCGUGAGCUUGCGUCAUUAUACCCAGAUGUCGAAGUACAUACCCGACAAUUUGAUGCUUCAGACGAGGCGGCUGUGAAAGCUGUUGUGGAUGAUGCAGUACAAAGAUAUGGCAGACUAGAUAUCUUCUUCGCCAAUGCCGGAAUCAUCGGUCAGCCGAAGAUAUUUUCUGAAAUCACGGCAGAGCAGUUUCUGAAUACCUUGAAGACAAAUGUAGUGAGCGUACACCUCGCUGCCAAAUAUGGAGCACAGGCCAUGAUGUUGACAUCUGCGGAAAAGAAGUACCCAUCUGGUAGUAUAGUUGCCACCGCUUCUGUAGCAGGUUUGCGUUCGAACGCCGGUUCAAGUGACUACUCUGCAUCGAAAUCUGGGGUCAUUUCUCUCGCCCAGACUCUCUCGUACCAACUGUCUGGGACUGGUAUUCGUGUUAAUGCUAUCUGUCCCGGUGUCAUCGAAACCGGUAUGACUGCUGUUAUGUAUGAGGCUGCAAGAGCAAAGGGGACAGAGAAGAAGAUUGGCCAGCUGAAUCCGUUGAGAAGAGGUGCUCAUGCAGACGAGGUUGCUAGAGUAGCAUUGUUCCUUGGUAGCGAUGAGAGCAGCUAUGUCAACGGCCAAGCCUGGGCUGUCGAUGGUGGUUUGAGUGCUGGCCAUCCAUUCGUUCCGGGUAAAUUAGGAUGAUGAAUAUAUGUUGCAACUUGCGAAUCAAUAAUCUAAGGACCAUGAACAGCCAAUCCGGGCUUACUAUGUAGCAUGAGCUAUGUCUAGACCUUCCG